AUGGCCUCAUCCUUUUCGUCCCUGACAACGAAGACGUCCAUUCUCUCCCCAGCCAUCCUCGCUCAAUCGCCCAGUCUUCCCGCCGUGGUCAAACUCUUAAACUACUCCUACAAUCAAUCCCUCAUCAGUGGCCACAACAGCCGUCUCCUCCCUCCGGAUCCAACGACGCGCUUACAGUCUCUGACCCAACUCUCUUCCGAACUAGAGCCCGAUGGUUUUACUAUCCUCAUGUUCUCUUCGCAAAUUUCGCAGGACGAGGAUAUUGAAGGUCUCAUGACCAACCGCGCGAAUGGGAUGACACUAAUAGCGACCGUGAGCGCAAAACCGUACGUACCUACGAAGCCGGAAGGAAUGGGGCAAAGGGCCCAUUUGCUUUUCAAGCGACCGCCUCCCGAUGCUAGCAAGCCUGAAACGAACAACGAAAGAGGGAAGAGCGGCGACGAUGAUGAGGAGAGAUGGCCCAAAUGGGAGAUCCUAGCCAACGCGGUGCAUCCGAGCUUGCAAGUCGUGGUAGACCCUUCUGAGUCUUAUCACGCAGCCCAUAAUGAGUCGCUACAAACAGCUUUGGGGGAAACCCUAGAUCCAGUACCAGAAUCGCUGAACUCACGGACCGGAUCCACUACGGCAUCAACGGCUGAACAUAACUUUGCAGAUGGAGACGAAGACUCGAUCCAGGGAAGCCAACCAGAUAUGUUUUCUACCGUUUCUCACCAACAUCUCAGACGACUCAGUCCAUCUACCUCAUCAACAACUACCCCUAAGCUUAUUACCAAUCUAACCGGUAGCGAAGCAGAUAGAUGCAGGGAAAGAGUGAUAGAUGAGGUUUCUUCGUGGGACGGUUGUUCGCUGAACAAAGAGAGUAUCAGAAAACGGUUGAUCUUCAAGGUUGAUGGGAAUGGAAUACCCCACAACAGACCACCCCGUGGAGACAUUGAUGAGGAACGUAAAAGAUUGGAAUACUACAGUGUCACACGCAAGACCGAGGUGACAGGGGAGAUCAAAUCACGCGCGUCUUCCUCCACAUCACCCACGCCUCCCGCACAGCAUCACCGGAAUAGCGUCAACGGCGACGGCGACCCAGAAACCGAAAACACUCGUGAAGAGGCUGUAGGGAAAGGCAAAGUAAUGCUGAUGCUCUCAACGAUGCUCGAGAUCAACGAAUCGUACUAUCUCAAACGUGGGUUCGUAACUACCGCGGUAAGGAGAUUUGAACCGGGGACGAUGGGUAGCAGAGAUGGGUUUAGCGUUGCGGAGAUGGUGCGGUGGGUUGAUUUGUGA